AUGCUGGCCCGAAGCGGUCGAGCCGGCGCGCGCCUCGCCGCGGGCCGGAGCCUCGCGCGGCGGCCUCGCACGACGGCGCUGCCCUCGGUCGCCGCGCGCAACGCCGUCGCGCACCGCUGCGCGGGCCUGGGCCUCGGCGCCGCGUGCGGCCUCGGCGCCGCCUGCUGGGCGCCCGGUGCGUUGCCGCCCGCGCGCUGCGAGGCGGCGGCGCCCCCGGCCCCGGAGCCGUCGCCGGGCGAGGUCCAGGCCGCGGCGCUCGCGGCGCGGAACCGGGCCUGGUGGGACGCGCUCGGCGACGCGCUGGACCACUGGGCGUCGUUUCUGGGCCUACUGGUGGCGACGCUCGUCGCGGCGGCCGUGGAGCGCGUCGCGCUCACGGGCCAGGUGCAGCAGCUCAUGUCGCUCCCGGGCCAGCUGCCCCUCGACCGGCUCCUCGCGCAGCUCGGCGCCGUCUUCGGCGUCAAGGCCGUGCACCUGGUCGCGGAGGCGGCCAAGGGGUUGCUCGGCGCGCGGCUCGGCGGCGCGCUCGAGGCCCGGGGCCGCGCGCGCUGGCUCGCGGCGUCCAAGGUCGACGCGGCGGCGGGCGACGAGGUCGCCGAGCUCGCGGCGCCGGAGAAGGGCCUCGAGCUCGCGACGGCGUCUCGCCUGUUGGUCGUCGACGCGGCGCCCAAGGCGUUCGUCGAGCUCCUCUUCGGCGUCGCGGGCGCCGCCGGGGCGCUCUACGCGUCGCCGCCCCUCGCCCUCUUCUUCGUCGGCCACGAGGCCUUCAUGGCCCAGCUCCGCGGCGCCGCGCUCACGGACUUCCUGCUGGCUCUGACGACCUUCGCCUGCGCGUCGAAGCUCCUCCGCCUGCCGGCGCCGCGGCAGCCCUGGGUCGACGCCAUGGCGCUGGGCCUCGGCUGCGAGGGCGUGGGCUGCGUCGCCGGCGGCCUGUCCUGGGCGUUGGGCGUCAACCUCGUGCGGCAGGAGGAUCUGACGCUGGGCCAGUGGGCCAUCGUGCUGACGACGGUGCUGGGCAUGGCGAGCCAGGGCCUCGCGGUGCUCGUCGCCGCGGCGUCGUUUUUAGACCGCGACCGCGCGCCGUGGCGGCCCGCGGCCGCCGCGUUCCUCGGCGUGCUCUGCUACGAAGCGGGCUGCGUCUUUGCGCGCCUCGACGGGACGUUCGUGCUGCAGCCGGCGGGGCUGCCCAUCGUCGCGUGGCCCGCGCUCCUGCCCGCCGCGGGGCCUCGUCGACCAUCCGGUGACCUGCUGCCCGUCGACGCCGACGGCUGCUGCCGGCUCAUCGGCGCGAUCGCGGGCGAGGGCGCGGACAACCGGUCCAAGUACUACACGCAGCGCCCUCAUGCUUCGAACCGCGACUCCGCGCGCGAGCGCGCGCGCGUCUGA